AUGCGGCAGCAGACCGGAGCUCCACCAGAGCCGCCCGGUCCGGACCUCGCGCGCGCCUUCGCCGUGCAGAACGGGCUGCCCACGCUGGCCGAGGCAGGCGGCGACGACGUGGAGGAGGCAGACGAGGCACCCGCCAGCGGCACCGUCGAGGCACGCGGCGCAAGGCUCCAGAACGGCGCAGGCCAUUGCCAGCUCUGCCAACAGUUCGGCGGCGAAGACUCCAUCGAGUAUUCCGCCGUGUGCGGCCGUCAUUGGCGGGUCGUCGGAGGCAGGAGCGGUGGCUAUGCGGGGUGUAGCAGCUACAGGUGGAAUUUGACAAUGAGGACCGCUCGGGCACCGGAGCUGGCAUGCAGAUCGCCGUGCCUUGCCCUGCUGUGGCAGGUCCUGCAGGACCUGCAGCGGACGCAGCCCGCCGCGGCGGGGCAGGCGCACGCCCGGCUGCACCGGCUGGCGCAGGAGCACCAGCAGCAGCAGCUGAUGGCGCAGCAGCAGGCCCAGCUGCAGGCGCAGCAGCUGCACGCACAGCAGCUGCACGCACAGCAGUUGCAGGCCAUGCAGAUGCAGCAGAUGCAGAUGAUGGGCAUGCCGCCCCAGAUGGUUGUGGCAAUGUCGCCCCCGUCAGCAGUGCCUCCUGCAGCGGCGCCAGGC